CCUGCUGAGUUGGUCCGGAGAGGGGGAGGUGCUGCCGGGUACAGUGUGUGUGAGCUGCUGACAGCGAGCAGGAGGUGCCAGUAAGGAGGACGACGAUAUGCCCGGAGUGAGUUAGUGUCAGCAGUUCCUGAUUAUCACCCACGUAAUACAAUAUGGGGCUUCCUACAGCCUUGCUCUCCCUGGGACUGUUCAGCUUUCUCACACCAGCUUCAGGGGUUCCUAAUGAUCUCAUCUUCGUUUCUGAGGUUUACUCCCAGGUCCCUCAGAGGCUCGCCUUUUAUAACUGGUAUGGAAACGUCCGAUUGUUCCGCUUCCAAGUGCCAACUGAUACAGUAUUUCUCCGGUGGAUCCUGCAGGCAUCUCGGCAGAAUAAGCCACAAUGCCAGAAUAUUGAAAUUACAGUACACUUUAGAUAUGGAGCCCCUCCUGUUAUCAACCCUCUGGGGGACAGCUUUGCCUCCAAUACGAGUGUCCCCUUUUCUUUCAACAGAACACUGACUUUUGUAAACUCUGUGCAAAAUAACACAUUUUUAAAUGUCUCCAACCCCAUGCCCGGGCCAUGGUUUAUCGCUGCACACUUGCCAAAAGACCAACAAAAUAUUGAAAUCCAGGGUUUCACUGAAUCAUGUAUGUACGUAUUCCAGCCGGAAUUAUUUGUACUUCGAGAAGUCGACAUGCCAACCUUACAAGUGAAUGCGCCCAAUCAAUGCUCUGUAGGCCCCCCGAGGAACCAAGCUCGCUACAAAAUUUUUAUCCCAGAAUACACCCAAGAGCUUUUGCUUCAGCUGCUGAAUUGCACUUUAGGUGGCAUUCCAAGCCUGUGUCCUCUGCAGGUCACAGUAGGAUACUCCACGCAACCGCAGUCCGUCCCAUACACCAUUAAGUGCACCGGAAGCUCAAGCUGCCGUGUUUUUUUAAAUGCCCCUCCAUGGAAUAGGUGGAUAGUCGUGAUGGUGGAAUCGUCUCCGAAGGUUAAUGCCAACGUGUCCUUUGAAAUUGUUUACAGUCUCCCAGUCUGCAAACCAGGAGCUAUAGGACCUAGACAAAUCUUCACAAUCCUGAACUCCCUAAAUACCACAGAUAACUCCAGUUUAGCAACCGGCAACCAAGCAUCACCCACCAACGCAUCUCCUUCUUCCCCUGAUGAGAGCAGCAACUCAUGUCUCCAUAAAUACACCAUGAUUCGAGCAGACCUGGAUGUGGUCUCAGUGCGGUUCCAGUCUGUCAGCAGUUCCUUUAUUCCAGUGGUGCCGUCGCUCCCAUCAAUGAUGCUCUUUAAUCUCAACUCCGAAAUGGACAGUGGAGGAAUGUUUGUUGUAAAUUUGCAGUUGAACACGACAACCCUGAAGAAUAGAAAUGCCACCGUAAUGGCGUGUUUGAGUGCAGGCUCUCCUGUGCUGACGCUGAACACCUCGCUGAAUUGUACAACAGCUUUUUUUCAGGGCUUGUCGUUUGUAAUGAACAGCAGUGUGUGGGAAGGCACAAGGAAUAUCCCCUACCCAGAAACAGACAACUGGUAUCUGUCUAUGCAGCUCGUAUGUCCUGAGAACGACAGUGUAUGCCAGGGACUGAGCGCUAGAGUGUUGGUUUCAGCCUACCUGAACCCCUGCCUGAAUGAUUGUGGCAGCUAUGGGGAGUGCAGGCUGCUGCGUAGAAAUGGAUACAUGUUCGCUGCCUGCGUCUGCAAAGCAGGCUGGACUGGGUGGAGUUGUACAGAUGAUACGAACGCGCUCUCUGUUGGACAUCAGAUAAUGGCUACUCUUCUGCUGACCCUCAGUAAUCUCAUGUUUGUGCCCACCAUCGCAGUCGCUCUAUCCCAUCUGUUUUUUGUGGAAGCCGCUGUCUAUGUUUACACCAUGUUUUUCUCUACGUUCUAUCACGCCUGCGACCAGCCUGGUGUGGCUGUAAUGUGCAUCAUGGACUAUGACACGUUGCAGUACUGCGAUUUCUUUGGAUCGGUGGUUGCCAUUUGGGUAACCAUACUCUGCAUGGCGAGGCUGAAGACCAUUCCGAAAUAUGUCCUGUUUCUGCUAGGAACAUUAUUUAUUGCGAUGUCCAUGCAGCUAAACCGGAGUGGAAUAUGGAAUAUGAUGGGACCCUGUCUUUUUGCAUUUAUUGUCCUAGUGAUUGCUUGGACUUACCGAGGAGUGAGACGUCGCCAUUGCUACCCCCCAAGUUGGCGCCGUUGGGUGUUUUUUCUCAUCCCUGGCAUUGCACUGGCAUUGAUUGCCAUCUCGAUCUACGUCUUUGCAGAGACGCAGACUAAUUAUUUUUACACUCACAGCCUGUGGCACAUUUUAGUAGCAGGUAGUGUGGCAUUCCUCCUUCCUCCGCGUGAGAAGAAGAAGAAAUCUUGGAGGUGGAGGGACAUGGUGAACUGCCGGUACAAGAUCUGUAAAGACGAUCGAGAGGAACUGUAUGUGGUCACAUGAACCCGUGGAACAUCAAAAACGGAUCCCAUAAAAUCCUCUAGAACAGGGAGAAGACUUUAAAGCUGGCUUAUACUCUAAAAUCACUAUUUUUAAUUAUUUUACUGUUUUGUAAUGUGAAUAGAAAAUUUAUAAGGUGCACACGGUUUAUCUACUCCUGGAAGAUAAGCAUGGAUCCUAACUAGGAAGCUGUAUGGUUUUUAUUGUUAACCUCCAUGAGGGAUAGGAAAUGCAAACUACCUGUCUGUGAACUACUGUGGUCAACAAACUAGUGGUGCUCCAAGAUAUUCUGAAAUUCAUGUGAACAUGUUGCCAUCUUCAGGUCAUUUUGAAGAAUGCAGGUCUCAAGCUUAUAGCAUGAAAAUACUAUAGCAACAAUUUU